AUGAAUGUCGGAGGCUUAAUUAGAGACGACGCUUGUGCUUGCGCCAGUUCCUCUGAAUCCGUCGCGUUCGACACACACCUUGCGUACCCUCAGACGUGUGCACUGUACGCGCACGACUCUCGCACGCUAGCACAGCAACCACUCCGUACACCCCACAGAGAUGAGCCGGCACACAUGCCUGGCGGCCGCGGCGCUGCUGGCGGUGCUCUGCGUCGCCGACGCCCAGCGGCGCUUGGCCCUGCC